CAGAAACAGAAACCCUUAUAACUCAAUCACGCAUUCGCACGCACCAAAAAUUUGAGAACGAAGAUUGCUGAUUGGACUGUUUCUUCUUCUGUAUCAGUUAACCCUUAUAGAUUCUUUAUUGAUUGAUCGAAUGUAUGUUACACAACUUACACACAUUCGUAGCUGCUUCAAUGACCAACUGGUUGCUCCUUUUAGUGAUGAUGAUGUUGAUGGUUAGAAACACCUGUCUGUCACAACCGUCGUCAACUGUGGCAAAUGGAACGAGAUGGGAUGUCUUAGAAGCUGCAACGAACCGUAUUCACUUAGAUGAUGACCACGGGAUAAGAGAGAACGAAUAUUAUGCUUACUACUUAUGGAAUUUGUACAAUACUUCAUCAAGAUCACAAAGAUUCGAAAUUGUGAACGAAAUGAGCGAGGUGUUAAAAAAUAUAGCAUAUCGGGAUUCCAGACAUGACAUGAUUGGGUUAAUUCUUUUCGGCCCAGAAAAGAGUCGGUCCAUUCUUACUGCUACAAUUGAUUAUAAAAGGCAGGAUGUGGGGGGGGAUUACUAUCAAUGUCUCGAAACUAUAGCUGACUUGUAUAUGAAGCAUUGUGGUCCGAUAGACGGAGACGGUUUGAGACACAGAAAAUCCUGGCCAAACAUGUGCCUUUACGCUGAGGAUAAGGCAAUGAUCGAGGAGGCAAUCAUCGUUACAUGUGGCUCGAACAACGUCGCGCCAUAUGGCAUUGAUGCGGGAAAUCCAAUAAUAAAUGUCAUACCAGCACCAUUUCAUGGCUCUUCUGAAUACUGUGGACGUGUAUCUAUAAACGGCAUAUCAAGAAUGGAACUUCGGAGUUAUGCCAAAUCAUAUGAAGUUAUCUUUGAACCUGUAGUAUUCGAUGAAAUGCAUAACAUGACUCAAGUUUGUUUUCACCGGGAUGCUUCUCGUGGCUUAUGUCAGUGCAAGAAGGAUGAUUGGAAAUUUAUUAAAAGGGGGUUGCAUGAAUUUUAUGUGUCCCCAUAUGAGCAAAAAUUUGUUGAUGUGAAGUUCACUAGCGGGGUUUUUGGUUUUGUAACUGUCGAAAUUAAAGAAGAUCUACGAGAGCGAUGGCGCUAUGUAUUGCUUUCAUUGGGGGCUGGUGCACUAUUCUUGUCGCGUAGCAAGUACGUAUUGAAUCAAAAUACUGCUGAUGGUGAUGAUGAUAGGGUACUCACUUGGGCCGUGCGUGUUGUUGCAGUCGUAGCUAUUCUUCUGAGCUCAGAUGACACUCUAUUGGCUAUUGUAGCACUAGCUUCUUCUUUGGCUCUAAAUUUCGUGAUUAUCCCCAUCAUAGCUCGAGUAUUCAAGACAAACUUGUUGCAGUGGGUGAAACUCAGAGAGUCCUCGACCAGAGAUACCGGAUCACGAGAUUGGCUUAUCAAAACCCUUGAUAGAAUCGUCGUUCUUCCCCAUAAUAGUCAAGAUGACCAUGGUAGCAGGUCAUAGACACAGAUAUUUGUUUACUUUCAAUAUAUAUGUAACACGGAAUACAAAUUCUAAUUUCUUUUAUUUUUGUUUGUACCUUUAGUUAAAGAAAAUUUCCAGAGGCUCAGAAAAGAAAACAGAAAAAAGAAGGCCUGGUUUUAAAUUAGAAGUUUAGGACAAAAUAAGAGUACAGAAAAGAAAUGUAAGCAAACAAAAGUCUUGAUAAAAUCAAAAAUCAAUUCAAA